AGUUGCUCGCUGGAGGUUGGGGUUUGCAGGGGAACCGCUGAAUCGCGUACUUUGAAAACGAAGUUCACAGGGAGAAAGACGGAAAGCCGGCAAAGGGGGGCGUUUGAGUCUCGGGACUUGGGUCAGGGCCGGGGAGAUCAUUAGAUUGCGUUACCACUUGGGAUAGUUUGGAUGGCCGUGGCCUUGGAGAAAAGCGGAGGUAGAGUUCUUAGUGUACUCUAGGAUAAUAGAAAUGGCUGUGGUUUCCCGGAGCUCUCAGGUGUUCGCUGCUUUGCUUGCUAUAAGGAAAUCAGCUAUCCUCCCCCCCCCCCGCCCCGUUUUUUUUCCUUUCCGUCUGUAGCCUGUAAAAAUUAACCGGUUAAUUGGUUUCACAGUGCAGCAUUGCAGUUCUUUUGUGAGGCUGUAGAAACUGGUCUAAAUUAGCUCUUCGUCGACAAGUAGGGCUUCAACAGUGAAUGUGUGCCGGUCCAACAAAAGUCCCUGGGUCUGUUUGACUUGUUCAAGUGUCCACUGUGGAAGGAUUUGGGAAACCUGAAAAUACUUUGUACAGAUAACUUAAAAAAGAGAGAGAGAGAGAGAAGAAAAUUAGAAGCACUUAAAUUCUGCACUUGAAGAGGCAGAUUCCUCUCCUAGAUUUUGAGAGGUAUGUUAAUGGUCAUGCAAAGAAACAUUAUGAAGAUGCACAAAUACCUUUAACCAACCAUAAGAAGUCAGAAAAACAAGAAAAAGUUCAGCACACAGUGUGUAUGGAUUGCAGUAGCUACAGUACAUUCUGUUAUCGCUGUGAUGAUUUCGUGGUUAACGACACCAAGCUGGGACUGGUACAGAAAGUCAGAGAACACUUACAGAACUUGGAAAACUCAACUUUCACAGGUGACAGACAUAGGAAAAGAAAACUUUUGGAGAACUCCUCAUUAAACAGCAAGUUGCUAAAAGUAAAUGGAAGCACUGCUGCCAUCUGUGCCACGGGCCUGCGGAACUUGGGGAACACGUGUUUCAUGAAUGCCAUCCUGCAGUCACUCAGUAACAUUGAGCAGUUUUGCUGUUAUUUCAAAGAACUGCCCGCUGUGGAGUUAAGGAAUGGGAAGACGGCAGGAAGGCGAACAUACCACACCAGGAGCCAAGGGGACACCAAUGUGUCUCUGGUCGAAGAGUUCAGAAAGACACUGUGUGCUCUGUGGCAAGGCAGCCAGACGGCGUUUAGCCCUGAGUCCUUAUUUUAUGUUGUUUGGAAGAUUAUGCCGAAUUUCAGGGGCUACCAGCAGCAGGAUGCCCAUGAAUUCAUGCGCUACCUUCUGGACCACCUACACUUGGAACUCCAAGGCGGGUUCAAUGGGGUUUCCCGCUCAGCAAUUCUGCAGGAGACUUCUACUCUGUCUACAAGUAGCAAAUGCUGCAUAAAUGGAGCAUCUACUGUCGUUACGGCUAUAUUCGGCGGCAUUCUCCAAAAUGAGGUUAACUGCCUCAUAUGUGGGACAGAAUCUAGGAAGUUCGACCCGUUCCUAGACCUUUCUUUGGAUAUUCCAAGUCAGUUCAGAAGUAAACGCUCUAAGAAUCAAGAGAGUGGGCCGGUGUGCUCAUUACGAGAUUGUCUCCGAAGUUUUACCGACUUGGAAGAACUUGAUGAGACAGAGUUAUAUAUGUGCCAUAAAUGCAAAAAGAAGCAAAAGUCCACAAAAAAGUUUUGGAUUCAAAAACUACCCAAGGUGCUGUGCUUACAUCUGAAAAGAUUCCACUGGACAGCGUACUUAAGGAACAAAGUGGACACAUAUGUAGAGUUUCCAUUGAGAGGCCUAGAUAUGAAAUGCUACUUGCUAGAGCCUGAGAACAGCGACCCUGACAACUGCCUGUACGACCUUGCUGCAGUGGUGGUGCACCACGGCUCUGGGGUCGGUUCUGGACAUUACACAGCAUACGCCACCCACGAAGGCCGCUGGUUCCAUUUCAAUGACAGUACUGUGACACUGACGGACGAAGAGACCGUGGGCAAGGCCAAGGCCUACAUCCUUUUCUAUGUGGAACACCAGGCCAAAGCUGGAUCAGAUAAACUUUAAUACCUCCUCCAAACCGUCACUCAUCAACUAUAGAGGACAAGCAUUUCCAGUUUUCCAUAAAUACUUGAUCCAACAUUUAAUUUCAUUGUGCACUUUUCAAUUUCUCUUUGGGGUUUAGUUUCAUCAGUGGUAAUGACUUACUGAACAUGGGCACCAACUAAUUUUUUUGUUCUACCAGAAAACCUCAGCAGACAUUUUGAUUUGCUGCUUUAGUUGUAAUUCAAUUUUUAUGUGUAGUUUCCAAAAUUUAGUUCUAUUUGACUUUUUUAUAUUAAUGUUUUCAGUUAUCACUCUGAGGCACAUUUGCAUAUAUGCUUUUGUUACCCUCACACGUUGAAAACAAGAAUUGUUGCCGGUCGCGGGGUGACGGAAGGGCCGCUGCGUGGAGGCUCGUGGGUUCCCCGCACACAGCCCUCAGUGCCUUGUGUGGGCUUCGUCCUGGCUGCCUGUGACCAGGGACCCGAGGGCAUCACUGAGCAGACCAGGUAACCGCUCCUCUGCGUGUCUCUCAGGGCUGCUGUUCAUCAGCACUAACUCAAUAAACCUGUUGGUUCUGUCGUAUCUGCA